AUGGCGCGCGUCUACGCAGAUGUCAACCAGAACAUGCCCCGCAGCUACUGGGACUAUGACAGUGUUAACAUUAGUUGGGGUGUCCUAGAAAACUACGAAGUAGUGAGAAAGAUUGGCAGAGGAAAAUACUCGGAAGUUUUCGAAGGCAUUAAUGUGGUCAACUAUCAGAAAUGCGUAGUCAAGGUCCUCAAGCCUGUUAAGAAGAAGAAGAUCAAGCGUGAAAUCAAGAUCCUGCAGAAUUUGGCUGGCGGCCCCAAUGUUGUUGCCUUGCUUGAUGUUGUUAGAGACUCGCAGAGCAAGACUCCAUCUCUCAUCUUCGAGCACGUCAACAACACCGAUUUCCGAAGCCUCUACCCCAAGUUUAACGAUAUUGAUGUCCGAUUCUACAUCUUUGAGCUCCUCAAAGCUCUCGAUUUCUGCCACAGCAAAGGAAUUAUGCAUCGAGAUGUCAAGCCUCAUAACGUUAUGAUCGAUCAUGAGAACCGCAAACUUCGUCUUAUUGAUUGGGGUCUGGCCGAGUUCUACCACCCCGGUACCGAAUACAACGUUAGAGUCGCCUCUCGUUAUUUCAAGGGCCCCGAACUGUUGGUCGAUUUCCAGGAGUACGAUUACAGUCUUGAUAUGUGGAGUCUGGGAGCUAUGUUUGCCUCCAUGAUCUUCCGCAAGGAGCCCUUCUUCCACGGAAACAGCAACUCGGAUCAGCUUGUCAAGAUUGCUAAAGUUCUCGGCACCGACGAUCUUUUUGACUAUAUCGACAAGUACGAGAUUGAGCUAGACGCGCAAUACGAUGAUAUCCUCGGACGAUUCCAGAAGAAGCCCUGGCACAGCUUUGUCACUUCGGAGAACCAACGAUUUGUGUCCAAUGAAGCUAUUGACUUCCUGGACAAGCUACUGCGAUACGACCACCAGGAACGUUUGACCGCCAAGGAGGCCCAAGCUCACCCCUACUUCAACCCUGUCCGCGACCCUGAGGUCUUCAAGCAGCACCUCGCAGCUGCCAACGGCACCGCCAACAAGUCCUGA